UCGACGGCGGCGGCGGUGGCGGAGGCUCGCGCAGCUCGUUGGCUCGCUAUAUAAAGGGGAGAAGCAGGCGAACCGGACGGCUGGAGCUGCAGCCGGUGGCGGCAGCGGCGGCGCAGGGAGCGGCGACCGGUGGUGGUUUCCCUCCUUGGCGCGGGGUGGGGAGCGGGCAACGCCCCCCGGACCCCUUAAGGGUCGUGGCUUUUUUUUUUAAGGGCUGUUCUCGAGGUUUUUAGCUCCGGGCGGACUGCCCCCCCCCCUCCUCUCACCGAUCCCCCUCUACUCCUCAGGAUCCAAUUUUGUUUAAAAUUUUUCACCCAGUCCUGCGGUGGCUUGGGUCACCCUCCGGUGUUUUGGUUUUUUUUUCUUGUUUUGAUCUUGUUUUCUCGGGGUUGCCCCCUUCUUGUUUGUGUUGUGUGUGGAAAUGGCGAACUCGGCAAAUACAAACACCGUGCCUAAAUUAUACAGAUCUGUGAUUGAAGAUGUAAUUAAUGAUGUGAGAGACAUCUUUUUGGAUGAUGGAGUCGAUGAACAAGUUUUGAUGGAACUAAAAACUUUAUGGGAGAAUAAGCUCAUGCAGUCUAGGGCAGUAGAUGGAUUUCAUUCAGAAGAUCAGCAGCUGUUACUGCAAGUUCAGCAGCAGCAUCAGCCUCCGCAACCUCAGCACCACCACCACCACCACCAUCAGCAAGCUCCAGCACAGUCCACGGUACCUCAGCAGGCGCAGACCCAGCAGGUCCUUAUUCCUGCAUCACAACAGGCUGCAGCACCGCAAGUUAUUGUUCCUGAUUCUAAGCUGAUACAACAUAUGAAUGCAUCAAACAUGAGUGCUGCCGCUACAGCUGCUACCUUGGCUCUCCCUGCAGGUGUGACUCCAGUUCAACAGAUACUAACAAACUCAGGCCAGCUUCUUCAAGUGGUCAGAGCAGCCAAUGGUGCCCAGUAUAUCUUUCAACCUCAGCAGUCAGUGGUUCUACAACAACAGGUUAUACCACAAAUGCAGCCUGGUGGAGUACAAGCUCCUGUUAUACAACAGGUACUGGCCCCUCUUCCUGGAGGGAUUUCACCACAGACAGGUGUCAUCAUACAGCCUCAGCAAAUCUUAUUUACAGGAAAUAAGACUCAAGUUAUACCCACAACAGUGGGGGCACCAACACCCGCACAAGCACAGAUAACUGCAGCUGGCCAGCAGCAGCCACAGGCCCAGACUUCUCAGCCACAAGCUCCAUUGGUGUUACAGGUUGAUGGGACUGGGGAUACGUCGUCUGAAGAAGAUGAAGAUGAAGAAGAAGACUAUGAUGAUGAUGAAGAGGAAGACAAAGAGAAAGAUGGAGCCGAGGAUGGGCAGGUAGAAGAAGAGCCCCUCAAUAGUGAAGAUGAUGUAAGUGAUGAGGAAGGACAGGAACUCUUUGAUACAGAAAAUGUUGUUGUAUGCCAAUAUGAUAAGAUACACAGAAGUAAAAACAAAUGGAAAUUUCAUCUCAAGGAUGGCAUUAUGAAUCUUAAUGGAAGAGAUUAUAUAUUUUCCAAAGCCAUUGGAGAUGCAGAAUGGUGAAGAGUUGGUUCUUUUAUAAGUAAAACAAAAUAAACUUUUAAAAAAUUUAAAGUGAACAGUUUGAAACUUGGGACAUAUACCAACAUAACUUAACUUCUGCAUGUCAGAAAAGUGCAGUAGAAGCAAAGCUACUGGAACAAAGAGACUUUGACAACAUAGACACUACUUCUAACUGGCAAGCCAUGGAACUGUAGCACCUGGGGUUGUGAGGGGUGGGUGUGGGGCUGGGUUUUGUGUAGGGAAACUAUGAUUGUUAAUUUUAAAUACAGGUACCCACCACCCGUAAUUAGCAUGUAAAACUUUGUCUAUAUUCCUUCCUCCAACUUGGGUUCAAUCAGAAAGAUAUUUGCUGGAAUGAAGUGAAGAAACUUCCCUUUUGAUAGAUUGAACAGAAAUUGCUUAUUGUAUGUGGUUAUAUUUGGUAAAAAUUGAAUGUGAGCUUUUUACAAAAGGGUAAAAAUUAUGGUGUUGAAUUUUACUUGUAUAAGGAAACAAUUUAGAACUCUUACAGUAGGUCUUAAGUAUUUUUACUUGCUAUUCUCCCUCAGUAACAAAUACCUCUUCUUCCCUGCUUUAUGAAACAUCUGUUUAAGAGUUAAAGGAAGUAAUCAGUGAUCAUUGUUUGGAGACAAAAUUUGAGUUUUCAUACUCAUUAAAAUGUAAUUUGAAGACUUGGGUUUCUUCUGAGUUGAGCAGAAUUAAAAAUAAGAACUUCAGUUCCCUUACAGAAAAAUUGUAUUUGUUUCUUUUAGUCGCAUACCAUAUAAAGAAACCCUGAAGUGGCUUGACAGGAAUACAGUUUUAUUUCACAAAGAUACCAUCUCACUUGAAUUAUAUACAUAUGGAUAGAGAAUUUUUACUGUUGUGCUGAAGCAUAUACUUAUAUAUGUAUUUAGUCUUUAAGCUAAACAAACAGGCAGAUAAUAUUCUGUGCAGAUCGGGCAGAUGGAAGCAUUGGGCAGAUAGUAAGGACCUGGAUCUUUAUUAAAUAAUUUAGUAAUUAUAAAAGCUAUUUGUGUUCACUGGUAAAGAAUUGAAAAACUGUUAUUCUAAUACUUUAUUUUUAAAUGCAACUUUGUAAUUUGAGGGAAAUUUUGGGGCUAGAGGAGGUUGGGCCACUUAGUACAUAUUUACCUCUUUUUCCUUUGGUGGGUGUUCCAGGCCACUGAUAGUAUAGACAUGGGCUCCAGUUUGCACAUGAGGAAGAAAGCAUAGAAAUUUGAUUUGUAUAUUAAAAAUAAUAGAAUUUAAUAUGUAUAUUAAGAAUGCACAGCUCUGUAUUCUGUAAGGGGCUCUGAAGAACAACAUGGCAGUGCUGUGUUCUUUGUGAACUAGUGAGCUAGUUGAGAACUGUAGGAACACUUGUCUUCACUUCUGUGUUUUUCCAACCAACUUUUCAUGGUUUCGCUUGACAAAAGUCACGUGUUUAAAUUACUUGUAUACUGAUUAUUUUUAAGUCUUCCAUUUUGUCUUCAUUUGCCUUUGUGUAUGUUUUCAGAAGUAAUGUAGAAAUACUUUAAAGUACAUUGCAAAGAAAAACUGUGAGCUAUUACGUAUUGUUUUCCUUUUAUUAGCACAGUCUUUUAAACUUCUCAUAAAGGCUAAUCACUUUUUUUCCUACAUCCCACCCCACAUUCAGCUUGGUCCUUUUAACUUAUGUUCUGAACUUUGUGUGAAUGGUGGUUUCUGACAUGCCUAGUAGUUAGGUUUUGUUUAAAUGCUGUGACUGCUAAUACGGUUUUUAUUUUUACUACAUUGAUUUCAUUUUUUGGAGGGGAGGUUUGCUCUCAAAGCACACACAAGUUAUUUUGUUUUCAUUAAUGAGACCAGGAGAAGAGAAAGGAGGGGUGAAAUAACAGAAGUCCUGUUGGUCAAUUGUCCUUCAAUAUAGUUGAUAGUAGGUUUCUAUUUACCCAAUGAAGAAGUCAAUAACCUAAACUACCUAUAAAAGUUUAGCAGUGCUGUGAUGUUGAUUGAAACCCUUUGGCUAUCUAGUAGUUUUUAUGCUACUGACCCUUGAAUUGCUAUAUGAUACUCAGCUCAUGUUUUGGGCCCUCUGUAUAGACAAACAUUCAUAUUCAUAGUAGAAUUAUAUACUGGCCUGUUUUUAUAUGUUUUUUUUCAAAUAUGAAUAACCACUGCUUUCAGAGUGAUUCACUAGGGUUAUUUUGAAGCAGGAAAUAACCAUUUAUAUUUGCACCUGUGUAUUGCAUAUUAUUAUGGCAUCCUUGGCAAAUGCUUUUCUUUCACCUGUGAAAAUUCUGAAAGCCGGUCCAAACAACACUGCAUACCAAAUUGUGCUCUUAUAUAUUACUGCAUCAUAUUCCUUUUUAAUUAAAUAGCAUGUUUUAGUUUUAUUAUAGUGGCUUGCUAUAAGAAUGCCACUUGCUUAUCUUUUAUUGUACUUGAAUUUUUAAUCAUCAUGCUUUUACACUUAAUGAUUUAAAUGUAUUUAAAUCAUUUCAUUAGUUUCCGUAAAAAUGUCAUUCCUUUGAAAAGGCAAGGAUUCCCACUUUCAGAAUUUCAAAAUGAAAAUAACAUUUUUUCAAAGAGGGAAAACAGUUCAGACUUGGUAUUAUGAAAGUCAGUAAAGGUUUCAGUAGAGGAUUUGUUUAGAUUUGCACAGAUGCUGGUGGCACCUUUUAUUUUAAAAAAAGAUUAACAUUAACAGUGCUAAGGAAAAUUUACAUAAAAUUACUAGAUAAAGUGUGGAAAUGUGUGCCUUUCAGUAUAUGAUUCACUCCUUUUUUGGUGGUCCUUUGGAUAAUCAGACCAUUUGAAUGCCUGAGCACAUUUAAUUUCUGUGGAGAGCCACAUUUGGCUAAAGCAACUCUUUAAUGUGCAAUUAGUUUCUAGAGUAAAAUGUCUGUUAUAUGAGGGGGAUCUUUAUAAUGGGCUUUUAUAUUUUUUUAAAUGUUCGCAUUUCUUUUUGUUAAAUUCCACCGUAAUACUACAUUUAUAUUGUCGCCUCUCUUAAAAUCAAAGUCACCUUCUUGUAAUCUUCUAGGAAUACAUUAAGAUUUGAGCAAUGUGUAUAGUGAUUAAAAUGUGUUCUUGAAGAGCAUAUUCUAAUAGAUUCUGGUUUUAGAUAUCAAGAACAUAAAAAUAUAAUAGCUUUUGUAUAAAGAUUUUCUUUUGCUAUAGUAAAAAUCAAGGAUUUAGUUUUCUUAUUUUUUCUUGCUUUUAUGGAGGAAUGAAAAGGGUUGUCUCCUAAGAGUAAUUUUUUAUUAUCAUAUAGCAAUAAUGUCGCCACUCUUUUCAGAAAGUAAAUAGGCCUUGUACAGGAAAACAGAAAUAAUUUUCUCUUGGGAGUUCCCUUUAUAACUUAGCAUUUUCUUCCACUUGAAAAAUAUUCCUAUAUUUUCAGAUUACUUCGUCUUGAACUUUUUUGAGCUUUUGUGCAAUGGAAUAUUUUAUUGAACCAUCUUUGUACAUUUUCAUUUUAUUUCAUGUCUCCCACCUGUUUGUCUUAUUCAGCUAUUGCAGAUUUUGAAUUCAUUGGUUAAAAAAGUUUCUUUAUAUAUUUCUUCAUGGGUUUAUGUUAAAUAGUUUCACAUUUUAAUCUAUUAUGUGAUGGAAAUUUUAUCUGAAGUUUACCCUUUUAAGCCUGCCUUAGACUAUAUUUUGCCAUUUUUUUAUGGUUUAAGGAAGAAUGAACCAAACUUAAUACUUUCAUUUUGAGAAACAAGAGAAACUUUUUUUUUAAGGGAAGAAUUACAUUGAAUUAGUAACUACUGUUUCCAUCAAGGUUCCUUAAAUCAGCCAGUAUGCAUCAGGGCUACAAUUUUUGGGGAGGGGCUAAUUCUUUUUUGCUGUUCUGAGCUACUAUUGUCAACUGCUGUUGUACAUACUGUUAUGUGUAAGGGCGUAAAUAUAUUUAUUAUGUUUGUAAAAUUCAUUCUGUACAAUUGCAGAUCAAAGUUGCUCUUCUGUGAUAUAUGGGAUAUUAUGUUUUAAAGACCAUCUUGGAAUACAGUCAGAGAACUUAGUAUUUUGAUGUACUAAGACCUAUUUUAAGUUUUAAUAUUUUACCUUUGCAAAAACUUUAAUUAAAGAUGUUAUUUAAAAAAGA